AAGAAAUGGAAACAUAAGGUCAGACGACCGGUUACAGGACAAAAUUAUCGAUAUGUACAGACGAAUAAUCAUGUGUUUCAGAAGUCGGGAGACUUUAAAUUCAUUUCAAAGAGGAAAGUGUUGCUCAACACGUCGAUAUGUCAGCAGUACUGGAUCAGAGGACGACAUUAAGAACUUCAUAAUAGACAACACGGAGAUAGUGAACAGCCAAAGUUUAACGCCAGAGAUUUCUUUAAGACUCUUUACACCCACCUGCCGGUUUUGGACGGAGAACCCGGAAUUUUGGCCAUUUCCUGAUCCAUACUGGGCAAUAUAUUGGCCAGGUGGACAAGCACUAGCAAGAUAUCUCUUGAAUAACCCUGAAGUGUCUGCGGGCAAAAAAGUGCUGGAUCUGGGCUGUGGUUGUGGAGCAUCUGCCAUUGCUGCCAGACUCAGUGGAGCUUCCUGUGUAGUGGCCAAUGACAUUGAUCCAAUUGCUGCCAUUGCCAUAAAAAUGAACUGUGAACUGAACAAUUUGGCGCCCUUACCCUGUGUGACAGACAACCUGAUUGGCUCAGAGACUGAUGGCUGGGAUCUCAUUCUUCUGGGAGACAUGUUUUACGAUGAAGCUCUGGCUGAUGGACUGCACCAGUGGCUCCAGACGUGUACAAACACACACGGGACACAGGUGCUUAUUGGUGACCCCGGACGAGCUCAGUUUGAAGAUCACAACAUCAGGAGGUCGCUGCAUCAACUGGCCCACUUUCAGCUGCCCGAUUCAGUCAAAGAGGAGAAUUAUGGAUUGACAAGCAGCGCUGUGUGGAGAUACAACUGCAAGCCGGAUCAUUAGCAGCUUAUGCAUUCAUGUGUAUGUGAACAUAAUCUAUGUAAAUUAAAGAUUCUUCCAGACUUGGGCUACAUUUUAA